GUCACUCAACACGACUGCGUUCCGGAAACUUGCUCCACCAAUCCCGUCGCAGCAUUCAUGUCACGUGAUCUUCGAAAUCAGGCUGGCCAGUGGCCACCAAAUUUGAAAUGUGGAGACAGAUCGUUAAUGCCAGUUAUUUACUGAAUAGUCAACACUACGAUUAAUAAACAUAACCCGUGAGCUCUCUCCAACAAACACAGGAUUUAGGCCUCCGUUUGUUUUCCCGGCUGAAGAUGGCAUCUCUCUCUCACCGUGAGUGUGUUUCACUGGCUGAAGAGAAAUUUGAUUUUGACGUUUCAUUGUCACCUGCAAGUUCUAAAGGAGAUUACGAUGUUGAGGAUGAGGUUUUCAUGGAACUGGUCAGUCAUAAAGAGAAACACACUUCUCAUGUGACGGACAGUGUAAGCAGCGGCCCGUCUCUGGGAGAAGAGCCCAGCUGGAGUCCGCUUACAGGAGAGAAGUUUGAUGAAAUCUGCAAAGAAGCUCAGCUACUCGCCAGCCACCUUGAGAAAACGGUCACGGAUUCUGUAGCCGAGAGCAGUAUCAUUUUCCCCAGCCAAGCCGAAGAGACAGAGACGUUUGAGGUGGACAACACAGUCAAACUGAACCUGUUUAGCAAGCCAGCUAAUGUUCUGAGUCCCAUCAAAAGAGAGACCUUUCUUGUGCAGGACAGCCCGAUGAAGCAGCUUCCACCUGCCAUUCAGAAGCGUAUGCUGAAGGCUAACGGGACGGCCAGGUUUGGUAAGCCACGUCGGAGUACAUCGAGUCCAAUCAGGCCUGCUGUAACACAGCCUAAGGUGACUACCAGAGGCAAAGCCCUUGUGACUAGUAGUGGGGUGUUACCCAGCAAAUCCACAGCACAAGUGAACUCACGACUUUCCUCCAGGCUUCCUCCUCCUAGCAAAGGUCAUGUUGGGCUUAAGCGCAGUCCCAGCAAUAGAAACACAAGUAGAGCUGGUUCUUCUGAAGACCUUCUGUCCGAUAACACUAGCGUUGCUUCCGAUGUCAGUGAUUCUUCCUUUAACACUAGUUUACCGGGAAGAAGCAGUAUUCCGGCCUGGAACAAGACAGAAUUGCGAGCUCCAUCUGCUCUUAAAGCUCCCUCACUUCAGAACUCAAGAGUUGUAGACAGGAGGAGAAACACGUCAUCCUCUUCUUCAUCUGUGUCCAGCAUCAACUCUAGUUUAACUGUCUCUCCAGGAAGUAAAGCUAAACUGAAUUCUUCCCUGAACUCAAGCACUAACAGCAUCGGCGCUCGUUCACACAGCAGUGUGAGCAGGUUGCCAAGUUCUAGUCGCAAAUCUUCUGUUGUUACCAGAAACCCAGAGCCCCCUGUCAGCAGACGAACCUCCAUCUCUACACAGGGGAGGAGGGCGUCUGAACUCCUUCCCAGACCUGUUAAAGCGACACCCCUUAAGAAACCAGAUCCACUACUGCCUCCACAGCUUCAGACCCCAGCAGAAAAUACAGCUGAAAAGACCACCUCUACAUCCAGCAUCCCUGCAUCUGCUGCUAAGAUGGGAAGUGCUCUCACAGGAAACCCCAAACUCAAGGUCCCAGUGGUGCCAACACCCACAAGCUCCCUGAAGGGAGUUCGCAAAUCGGAGGUUUCCUCCUCGCCUGACGUCCCUCGUAUCAUGAAGCCAAAGAGAUUGACUGCAUGCAGUGUGGAGAGUAUUCCUGAUCAUCUAGUCGGUCCUCCAUUGGGCCUUGUGACACCCUCAGCUAUGGGCAGCAAACUGCGAAGACCAUCAGCUCUUCCCACCCCAGUCAACCGCCGGAUCUCUGGCAUCCCUGCACUCACACCCAAGAGUGUGUCACAUCUGCGUAAACCUUCCCAGGUCACUGAGCGCUCAUCGAGCUCCAGCCAAGCUCAUUCAAGCCCUGAAAACAUUAAGGAAAGUGAGAGUCAGGAAGAAAAGCAAACUUUAGUGUCCAAUGAGGAGACCUGCCCUCCGGCUGACCUCCAGCCCUGCUCCCUGGUCUUUAAUAUUGAGGAUGAGCCUGAGGAACCUCCUGCCUGUGAGCCAGCAGUUGUGGAGAAUCCCUCUGAUUCGCCUUCAUGUGGUCCAGAGCCUCCUCAAGCCAACAUCAAACCCCCAGCACUUCCAAGCUCAGUGGACACCCAAAAACACCUGCAGAUCUCAGAGAAAAAGGAUGUUAAAGAGGUUUUGCUUGUGGACCUACCUGCACCAGCACUUCAGUCAUCAGAAAAGCUGCUAAUUGAUCUCUCCAAUACCCCAGACCUGAUCAAGACUUCCUCUGGAAAGCCUUGGGGAGGACAGUUAAUUGAUCUGAGCUCACCUCUUAUAAAGUGGAGUCCAGAGGACAAGAAAGAAAAUGCAGAGAAUGCAGCUCCACUGAUCGACUUGUCUUUUUAGAGGACCUGCAACAUUUACUGUGAACUGUCCCAAGAAAAAAAAUUUACUGGAGCAUCACAUACCAUUGAAUACUGUUGAAAUGAACUUAAGAGGGAGCGUGGAUGCUGCUGUGCUUUAAUAGCCUUAGUGUUUUUAUUUGUCUUGUCUGUCUUACAUGAUUGUAUGUAAUUAUGGUGAUGUGCAGAAUUUUAGAAAUCAAAGUUGUAUUUUCCCCAAAAGGUACAAAUAAAUGUUACAUUGACGUC